AAGGAUUUGACUCCGACUUUUGGAAUUGGAAAGGUGUUAUUGGUUAUGCCUCUGGAUGAAAAGGUUUUAAAACUUGAAGACUCGAAGUUGUAUUUCGGUGGGGGUGUUUGGGAGAAGAAUCGCAAGAGAAGAUGAACUGGAAAGAAAAAGAAACGGUGGUGGAAAAAGAGGGAGUAGCACCCCAAAAUCAAUAUCAACAAUAGAAACGAAGGAAAAGGAAAGGACGGAGAAAACCUGGAGGAGCGCUUCGGUGGUGGAGAGGUUAACGGUAAAAUGCAGGGUUUUGAUUGUGAAUGUGAAACACAAUAUAAAAAAUAAACUGUGGACAGAGCCCUUCCACGAUAAAUACCCAUUGCCGAUAUUUUGGAAUGUUGACAGAGCCAAUGGACUGGUCCCAUCCACGCCCAACUGAACGGCAUGUUCAUCCGGUGGCAUGGACAGGAACGGUCUAUCCACGAGAUGGACACAUAAUCGUAUUCUUCUCCAACUUCAAGCUCCAACGGUUCUCCAACGACACUCUGCUUCUCCAAAGCUGUCUACAACCCAGAGUUUCUCAAGCGUCAAGGAGCUUCUUUGUUCUGGUUCGACAGCUCUCAACCUCAAAAUAUGCAGGUUGAACCAGGUAGGGUUUUACAACAUCACAGAAAGGGCAUCCAAGGCAGAGGACGCACCAAAAUCCUAUAACUACAUUUAUGAGUGCAGGUGGGUUUUUCCCCCAUCCAAUGUUUCGUUAAAUGAAAUUGAAUGCUCUAACUUAGGGUGAACACAGAUUUCCAUGUCAAAUUACAUAUCUAAACAUUUUGUUAUACUCAUUUAAUCUGAUCUAGGCUUUUAAGCUAUCCUACUUGUCUACAAGUUGGAUAAAAAAUAUUAUUGUAGGAAACCAUGUGUGCUUGUUGGCUCCAUGCGACACGCAGGAAACAAUACAGUGAACCAUGGCAUUAUCAAUGAUUCCUUUCCUCAGGCUUGGUUUAUGGAAUUUCUUUUAUUAUUUCUUUUUUGGUAACGAUAUGGAAAAUAUCUCGAACACAAGGACCUAUACAUAUGAUAAAAUAAGCCAGUUUUUAGAUGGGCAACUUAUAUUUUUUAAAAUUAAAAAUUGAAAGAACUUUACUAUUACUUGAAAAACUAAUAAAUAGA